GUUAAUUUUCACAAUGGAGUCGACCGAAACUUUUAAGGAUAAAGGAAAUACUGAAUUUAAGAAAGGCAACUUCCAGGCAGCCAUCGCUCAUUACACAGAAGGUCUCCUAGAAGAGAAGAGCGAACAAUUGUACGGCAAUAGAGCAGCAUGAUAUAUGAAAUUGUCUAAAUAUGAGGAAGCAGUAGCAGACUGCCGUUCUGCUAUUGCUAUAAAGCCUGAUUACAUUAAGGUCAUCAAAAGGCUCAUACAGGGAUUGAUAGCUUUGGGGGAGCUGAAAGACGCCCAACAAUGCAUUGAUGAAGCAGCUCAGUUAGACAAGAAAUUUUCAAAAGAGUUGGAAAACGAGGUGAAAGUGAUAAAGGAUUUGGCUAUAUCGGAUAGCGCAUUGGCCAAAGCUAUUGAUAACAAGAAUUGGUCUUCUGCAUUAUACUUCACUACAGAGAUGAUCAGGCAUUGACCAGGAUCUAAGGAACUGCAGCUCAACCAGUUAGAAUACAUGAUGGAGGCAGGACAGACUGAGAACGCAAUGAGAGUGUCUCAAUCAAUGUUCGACUCAAUGAAUUCAAAUCCAAAGUAUCUGUAUCUCAGAGGAAUGGUACUAGCUAAUGAUGGAAGAAUGGAUCAGGCAAAGAAAUUCUUUGUGCAAGCUCUCAAAAACGAUCCAGAUUAUCUCACUUGUCAAAAGGCCUUGAAAAAGAUUAAACGGACUGAGACUUUGAAAACAGAAGCUAGUGAUUUGUUCAAAGACAAUAAAUACGAAGAAGCUAUUGAGGGAUUCAAUGCUUGUUUAGAUUUAUUCCCUAACAAUAAGACCUACAAUUCCUCAAUUUACUUGAAUAUUGCUAUCUGACAUACAAAGCUAAAGCAGAAUGAGAAGGCUCUAGAAGUUCUGAACAAAGCUAUUGAGUGAAAAGAUGACUACGCCAAAGCUUACGUCAAAAGAGGAGAGGUGCAACUCCUUUUAGAAAACUUUGAAGAGGCAGUAAGAGAUUUCUCAUCUGCUGACAGGAUAAGUCCAGGAGAGUUUGGUGUAAAGAGCAAGCUCAAGAAUGCCCAAGUAAGGCUAAAGCAGUCUAAAAAGAAAGAUUUGUACAAAACUUUGGGGAUCAGCCGGGAUGCUACUCCCACUGAAAUCAAAAAGGCGUACAAGAAAUCAGCUCUGAGAUGGCAUCCAGAUAAGAACUCAGGAAGCGAAGCUGAGAAAGCCAAGGCAGAAAAGAUGUUUAAAGACAUCAAUGAAGCAUAUGUCAUUCUUAGUGAUGAGAACAAGAAAGCCCGGUACGACUCAGGAGUUGAUGUAGAAGAUAUCGAAGGUGGUGGCGGCGGUGGAUUCUCAGGUGGAGCAGGAAUGGACCCAACCCAAAUCUUCAACAUGUUCUUCGGUGGAGGCAUGGGCGGCAUGGGUGAUUCUGGAUUUGGAGGCAUGGGAGGUGGAAUGGGCGGAGGCCAACAAUUCUUUAAAAGAGGAAGUCCCGGAGGCAGUCAAUUCGAGUUUAGGUUCGGCUAAAUUAGUGCUAUUAUUUGUAUAAACUCCC